UUAACAUAGCUUGUUUUACGACAGCUAAAUGACCGUAAGCAGGAAUAUUAAGUACAAGCACCAACGUUAUAAAGAUUUACAUCGUGACCACAAACUCCAUCGAGAGGGAUAAUAGAUAAAUGGAUAUUGACGAGAACAGUUUGUGUGUUAGAAACAUAUAAAAACAUAAACUAAGGUUGAUACUUCAUUGCAGCCCGGAUAGUACCCUUUUUCACGUUAAACGAAUAUCCUUUUCCUGUCAAAAUGGAUGGAAUAGACAGCAUCGCUUCAAACAACAUCAGUAAACAAAUCAAAGGUGGUGAUGACGAUUAUUUUGGACGCCAUGGGUUUAUCACGACACAGCCUGCAGUGGCAAUUCCGUGUAUAAUCAUUAUUUCUGUUGCUUCAUUGCUCGGGACGUUUGGCAAUCUGCUCAUCCUCUACGUCAUAGCAACAAAAUCGAGUUUGCGUAACAAAAUGGAGUCAACGUUCAUUGUCAAUUUGGCCAUAUCCGACCUGUACGUCACUCUGAUCGCCGAUCCAAUGAGUAUUAUUGCAAAAAUUGAAGGAGAAGAUUUCUUCAAAACGGUACCGGGACUAUGUGAGACCGUUGCGAGCCUUUGCACGAUAUCAUGCGUGGCAUCGCUAAUGACGAUUGCUAUGAUGAGUAUGAACAGGUAUUUCUUCAUCUGCGCAAACGACAUAUACAGGAAAAUAUUUACUAGGAAACGCUGUGUCGCCAUAUGCGUCUCCGUGUACUUUGUUGGUACUACUUUAGUCAUUUUAAAUACAGCAGGCGUCGGCGACCAUGGCUUCGAUAAAAAAAGUCUAGAGUGCAUCUGGGACCGAAUGGCAACGUACCCAUUUACAGUCGUGUUUUCGAUCGUUCUGGUAUGGAUUCCUUCGGUUAUCAUUGGAGCCUUUUACUUAAAAAUAUAUCUGUUCGUGAGGACACAUAGACUUAGGAUAAAAGAGAAUAGAAAACAUUUUGGUGGAAAUCAAACGCCGUUGAAAAGUUAUCACCUUGCGAAGACAUUGUUUGUCAUCUACAUUGUUUUUAUCACAUGUUGGGCGCCAUAUGCGCUGCUUAUGGUGGCGGACUCCAAAGACACCUUUGCAUACGAAGUGCAUGUGUACAUCACAAUGUUUGCGCAUCUGCAUCCUUCUCUCAACUGGAUGAUUUACUACCUUACGAACAAACAUUUUGCGAAUGCAUACAAAGAAGUAUUUGCAAGUUGCUGUUUGAGUGAACGUCGCGCCUUGCCGGUGAGUGUCACUUCUGACGACUCAAAUAAAACUGGAACAAUGACGCUGUCAACUUUGAAAGCUACGAAAACAAAGCUGGAACAUAGUCAGACAUUCUCGAGUUCUUGUGAUGAAGUAGAGAUGACUUUGAGAUAGGAAUGGUAUCAAGAUGGAUUUGAACUUAACAAUUGAUGAAAAAACAGUGUAGUUAUUGUUUGAGUUGGGAAGUUUUGUCAUAAUAACACUUAUUCAAUUAGUUGUAUGCCUUUUCCCUAUUAUCAGUUGUUUUUUAUAAUAUCAAGAAGCAAUGCUUUUCAUUUCUUUUAAUAUAGUAUGUUAUAUUUAC